GCAUUUUGCAAGGUGAUCAAGUUUUCGCCGAAAAUAGCAAAUCAAUUAUUUUAUAGCAUUUUAUAUGUAAUAUUAAAGCAUUUUAGAAUUUAUGUACCCAAUUUCUCAUAUCAUAACGUAAAUAAUGUCUUCGCAAUCCUUUUCCACUAAACGUAAAUUCUGUGCAUCUGGAUUCUUGUAAAGACCGCACGAAAAACAAUUAUGUUGUUCUGAAGAAAAGGAGGCCCUACAGGGGUCUGGCUUAGCCAACCUCUGGUUUUUAUUUGCUCACAUUUAGUUGUAUUUUAAGAUCAGUGUCAUAUCUACAUUGUACCUGUAAACAAAAUAUCAUAGAGUAACACAAAGUACACAAUAUUAUCUCAUAAGAAAUUUCUAUUAUUUUAACAAUGAGUAAACCUGAAGCUGAUUGCACAAAAAAGUGCAAGUCUCGCACACAUGGACAAAUAUUAACAAGCGCAAUAACUAAAAGGUCUAUAAGUGAUGCAUCACUUGCCAGUUUUAUUAAAGCAACAUGCGCAAAUUUCACCAAAGCUUUCGAUUUUGAGGGUCGUACAGCUCUGCAUAUGUCUGUCUCAAGAGGUAGAAAUGAAUUAAUGCAUUGGCUGAUCAAGCACUCCUCAGAAGCUUUUAUAAAUGCAAAAGAUCGAGAAUCAGGCUACACACCUCUGCAUAGAAGCAUAUUUUAUGGACAAAUACACUCGGCAGUGUCUUUAAUUAAAAUUGGCGUAUACCCAGAUAUAUUAGACAAGGAUGAUUAUAAGGCCUUUGAGCAUGCAAUGCUCGAUCGUCAAUACAUUUGCAAAGUUGGUAACGACAUGCCAAAUGAUGUGUAUGUGUGGGGUAGUAACUCCAACUAUACACUGGGCACGGGAUCCCACCAGCCGAAGAACAUGCCUGAUCUGCUGACAUGCUUCAGUCGGACUAAUGAAGAUAUUAGACAAGUGUGUCUAGGCAAGUUCCACAGCGUAUUCCUCAGCAGCAAUGGCUCGGUGUGGUCCGCUGGACAGCCAAGCCGAGCGGGAGGUACCACAGCCACCGCGUUGCGACCAAUCCUCGUGAAGUUACAUGAACCUUGUAGGCAGGUGGCCUUGACUCUCACCUCUACGGUGUUCCUGCUGCAGAGCGGUGUGAUGUACCAAUAUUCCUCAACCAGUUCUGACAAUACAAACCCAGGGUCUAAAGUGGCCACAACAAAGUAUCAGAUAUCGAAUCCCAUAGGCGUAUGUGCUGGACGGUCCCACGGGGUGUUGUGGAACGCGAGGGGCGUUUACACUUGGGGCAUUAAUUUGGGGCAAUUGGGGCACCAGGCUGAGGAUAAAGUUGUCCCAACGCCGAAGAAAGUUGCCAUAUCAAUAAAUAACAAAGAAGAGACGAAAUUCGAGCUGGUAGAUGCUUCAGACGCUGCGACAGUAAUUUCGACCAGCCGAGGCGAUGUUUACCUCCUGCAUAAAUAUAUUUGCAAGAAAAUCGCUGUUAAACAAAUCAACUUACACCAAGUAUGUGUUGAAGCAAAAGUUAGUGAAACAGGAACAUAUUCUCGAGUUACUGUCUUAUUGCUAACAAAUGUUGGACAACUUAUGAUAUGGCAAGAUACUACCAACCGUCUUACCAGAUGCGUCUUCGGCCUCACCCACCAAGUAAAGAUAACACAAGUGGCACUAACCCACGACGCUCUAUACUUCACAACUAAAUACGGCGAAGCGUUCAUUGGUCACAUUUCGCGCAAGACCACACCCACUCCAAUCCAACCAAUCAGGAAAGAGAAAGAGAAAGAUAGCGGCAAAACGGCGCUAGUCAAGUUUUUAGAAAAGGAUGACUGUACUUCUGUGAAGAUUAUCAAGAUACCAAAUAUACAUAGAGCUACGGCUAUUGCAGUCGAUUAUGAGGGAUUGAAUUUUGCGUGCUUACAGAACAAACCAACGUGUGGUCUAUUAUCACUGCCAGAAUUAUCUCCAACGGGUCUCUCAAAACACAUGGAAUCUCUUGUGGAAACUGCUUCGGAAGAUGAUUUAUUACAUGAUGUCAUUUUUAAGAUUGGAUCAAAGCUGUUUCCAGCGCAUAUGUUCAUAGUCGCGUCAAGCAGCGAAUUAUUAUACAAUCUGUAUCAAGAAGCAAAAGCAACAAAUAUAAAUGAUGAAAAACCCAUCAUUUGCUUGGAGAAUGUCCUUCCAGAAGUUUUUGAAAGGAUUCUAAAAUAUAUGUAUACUGGGUCGUGCGACGUUGCCGAACCGGGCCCGUGUGGAUUGAAGAUAAGGAAAGAAGAUGUAGUUGAUGUCAAGAAAGAAAGAGAUGUAGAUGUUGAAGAAGAAGUUAUUGAAAACCCAUCAGAAAUAUCAGCAUUCGAAGUGUACAAGACCCAAGAUAAACGCAAGAAUAACAAACGUCGUCAAAACGGAACCAACGCGACACCUCGCCCGCCCAAAUUGUACUGCGAUCCGGUUAAACUCGUACAGACCUCCGCUAAGAAAUUGCAAGUUAUGGGAUUGCAUAAGUUGCUUGAGAAAUUCUACUACAAAGAAGACUCAAUACGUCACCGAGAGAGUUCCUCAUACACAAAGAACCCCCCGCUAACGUGGGACCGGGACAGUUUUCCCGAACUUGUAGAUACUAACGUGUGUUCCAAAGAUGGCGUCCUUAUAUCCGCGCAUAAGUGCGUGCUAGCGGCCAGGUUGGAGUACUUCCAUGGCAUGUUUAUGCACUCUUGGACUGAGAGCAAAUUGUUAUCAAAAGUAACGAUACCAAUCAACCACGGCAUUCUCUUGCCAGUCAUCAACUUCUUAUACACCGAUGCGUGUCCCGAAAUACAGAAGUCUGACAGCAUCGAUUUCAUUUGCAGCAUGCUCAUUGUGUCCGACCAACUCUUUAUAGGUCGCCUUAGAGAAAUGUGCGAAGUAGCUCUAGCCAACCUAAUCACUUUGAAAAACUGCGCAGAAUUAUGCCAAUUUGCCCACACAUACAACGCUACCCAACUCAAGCAAUGCUGCAUGGAAUAUAUAUCGUUAAACCUCGCAAAUAUCCUCGAAAACAGAGCUCUAGAUCCCUUAGAAGAGGAAUUGCUUGAGGAUAUAAGCAAAUAUUACUGCAAAUUUAACCCCAUAAUGUCUUCCCGUAUUAUAACCCCCUUUUCAAUUGCACCAAGCGAUGAAACUAUUGAGGAAUGCGCUAAUAACUAUCCCGUAGAUUUGGAUUACAUUGAUGAAGAGUAUUUAAAAGAUAGUAGCAUUGUAGAAGUCAGUAAAAAGAAGACAAAGUCGAAAAAAAUUGAGUACACGGAAAGUGAAAAAGCUAGAAUGCGAUAUGAAUCUGUUAGUUCGGUGACGUCUUUAGAUCUGAACGAUACGUCUGGCGAUAUAACUCUAUCCCUCAAAGAAAUAUCAAAAGAAACAGUAAAGUCAACUGAGAAAACAAACAAAUGGACUGAAGUGUUAUCCCCUCAGCAAAAACAACAAAAAGUUGUUCAGGCGCGUUUGAAAGCAAUAUCGGCUGCGAAAGAAAUACUCAAUGAAGCACCCGCUAACACUUUUACGAAACUUACUAAAAAUAAUUCGUCGACUAUCAUCCCAGAACUUAACUCGCCAACUACGUCAAGAAUGUCCACAUCACCACAAGAAUCUACAAUAACUGAACUUGUUAAUAGAAAUUCUCAUUGUAAUUUGGUAAUCAGUCAUGUUGGUCCAAAACUCUCUCAAAAGCAAAGAAAAAAAUUGGCCGCUAAUGAAAAUGGCUCUGUUCAGACUUUGGACACUUAUUUGGCUAAUAAAUUGAAUGUUGGAUCACCACCAGAUAAACCGAAAAAUCCUUGGAAAAUAUGUGAAGCUCCUGUUGCCAGCAGCAGUCCAAAAUUGAAUCAAAAAUCUUUGCAAUUUGAUCAAAUACUUGCUGAUCAAAAGAAACAAAAAGACGACUCGUCAAGAAUCAUGUCGAAACCAUUAACUUUGACUCAGCUUGAAGACAAAGCUAUAGAAGAUCUGGAACGAUUCUACAACAUACAUGAAGUAGAUGAUGAACUGAUAACGGUGAAACGCAUUGAGCUUCAGGUCUCCUCUCCACAGUGGAUUCAUACUGCCCCAAAGUGAUAUUGAAGUGCUAUUUUAUAUUUUACAUAUUGUAACAAUAAUAUUAUGAAAUAAAUAUUUAAAAUAA